GUUUGUUUAUUUAACAAAUUUAAACUUAAACUCACACACAUUACAUAUCACAUAUAAAUCAUGACUGCCGGUGAAAGUGCUUUCCCUAUUGGUUACUUCUUUAUCAUCUCCAAGUUGAACAACUUGGUUAUUGAUGUCGAGAACCCUACCGAAGCUGGCCCUGGUGCAAGAAUCAUUAUGAAAGAACGUCAGGCAAAGUCUCCCGAACGUGACAGUCAGCUCUGGAUCCAUCAGAACGGUUUCUUGACAAACAAGAUGACGGGCCUUGUAUUGGAUAUCAACAGAUCCCCCAGCUUUAUGGCUAUCUUUAAUGGUGAAAACCACCUCUACUUGGACCAGAUGAAGGAAGAGGAUACCGCUCACGACCAGAGAUUUGCUUUCGAGGAAGAGACGGGUUUCAUUUACUCUCUGCACAACGAAAACAUUGUGUUUGACAUUCGCAAGGCCGAGGUGGCUGAGGGUGGUCGUGUCAUUGUAUACAAGCGCAAGGGAAUCUCUGAAGAUAGCAGCAAGAAACCCCUGCACCAGUACUGGUCCGUUGAGCUCGGCGACCCUCCCAAGAUUGAUGAGGAUGACGAAGAGGAAGAUGAGAGCAAGCGUGCUCGUCUGAGAUCCUGGUUCGGUAACUGGUCUGGUUGGGAUAAGCGUAAGAACGGUAUGCUUGUAGAGCACGAUCUUGAGGAGGCACAUGAAAAGGUUUACACUGAGAAGAAGGCCAGCCUGAGUCACGAGUUAUUGGCCGGUGCUGCUGCAUUCGCUGCUGUUCAUGCUUGGGAGAAGCGCCAGGAAGAAGCUGGUGAGGAGGUUCACCACAGCAUGACCAAGAAGUUGUUGGCCAGUUUGGCCGCAGCAGAGAUGGUUAAAUUGUAUGAGGAGCGUGGUAUUGAAGAGGAAGACGAUGAUGAAGAAAAGAAGAUCGAGAAGAAGAACAUUCUCCAACGCAUGUCUGCAUCUGCUGCUCAGAAUCUCUUUGAGGCCAAGCACGGCAGAGUUUGAGCUUAGAGUCUGAUUAAGUCUUUAUUAAGUAAAUAGAUAACAUUCUAUUGUGGUAAAAAGAAAGAAAAAAUAACUGUAAAAAAAUAAAUAAACCAAAUUAAAUAAGCAAAUAACGGUACAUAUACUUUACACACC